AUGGCUCAACAGGGCGCCGGGACUCCUGGCUGGCCCAUCAAUUACGAAGAUGGCCACGCCUUUUCUCUCUCACACUCGGUCGAUAAUGUUGACGACCUCCUGUCUCUGAACACACUGCCCCAGCACCAGCUGAAUGCUUGGCAACAUGCAGACGUGCCAACCACCCAGGCCUAUAGCCACGGUCAAACCGCCCAGUUUUCCAUGAGCGGCCACCCAAGCCAACCUGAGUACUCUGACAUUGUUGGGGCAGGCCAUCUGCAUGGAAAUGCAGCGCAGGCACAACAAAGCUGGCAAGCAUACCAGCUUCCUCCGCAGGCCAGCCAUUCGCCGCCACCAAAUUUUGCAAAUUCUCAUGGUUCUCAUGGCUUCGAUCCAGCACAGAACUUCGGGGGUUCCAUCACUGGUCCGGCCAGUGGCAUGGCCUUUGGCAGCCAGGGGUUUCCGACAGCUGACGAAACGAUGGGCGGCAUGUCAUUCCUUCCAGAGCAAAUUGGGGAUAGUCAGCAGUGGCAUCAGCAGCAGCAACAACAACAGCAGCAGCAGCAGCAGCAGCAACAACAGCAGCAACGGCAUCAACAGCAGCAACAGCAACAACAACAACAGCAACAACAACAACAGCAACAACAACAACAGCAACAACAACAACAGCAACAACAGCAACAACAGCCGCAUAUCCUUAUGCAAAACCGUGGAGAGAUGUCGGGCUUUGCUUUCUCUGGGCCUGGCGAUGCAAGCUCUAUUUCUACGGCCUCGCCUGCCGCCCAGACUACUGCAGCCGCAUCGAACAUCGGCAGCCGGAUGGAAACGCGGCAGGCUUCAUACCAGAAUGCAGCACAAGCAUGGCAACAACAUCACGAUGGCCAGCAACCAAGGCAGCCCAUGUUGCCAGUCCAGCACACAAAUGUUGUCUCGCAGCAGCAGCAACCUCUACAGCAGUCUAUGCCAUCGGUAUCGCAGCCGUUGCAGCUAUCGACAGCGCCCCAGAUGGCACAGGUUUCACAGGUGUCGCCUCCGACUCCCGCAGUUGCCGUUCAGGCAGCAAAGCCGGCUGCAAAGCCCAAGACUACCAGAGCUUUAAAAGCCAAGCAACCAGCUCAGACGGUGCAAGAUGCCCAACAGAUGCAGUCCCUCGAUGCGAUGCAGCCAAUGCAAUUCUCUCAGGCACCGCCGAUCCAACAACAGAUGUACCCGCUACAAGGCAACGAGUCUCAAUCCAAUAUUCAGCAACAACAAUUGGCAGGCGGGUUUCGGCAGGCGCCGCCACAGCAAUCACAGGCUCAUCCAAGUAACUGGCAGCAGUCUAAUUCUGGUCUAGCACACACGGAGGCCCGUUUUCAAGGCCAUAUCAACCCAGAAGCUUAUAAUCAGAGCCCGCCACCAUCGUCGUCUGCGACUCCACAAGGAUGUUAUUCGGCCCCGCCUCCGAAGCCCAAGCCGGCCAAGCCGACAUUUAAGAAAGCAAGCCUGGCAGACUCUCGUCCGAAGCUGAUUCCCCACCUCGUUAGUGCUGCGGACACUUUGGAGAGAAACCAGUUCUUUCCGGGCGUGCCAUUUCUGGCGCUUGGUAACAUGGUGGACAUCGAGCCUCCUACGACCACGAUCGAGCCGGCCGUCCAGCCGGACCCGACCAAGGAGCUAGGAAGGAAACAUUUCCCUGGGCUGCUACUUCCCAAGGUAUACAAAUUUGCCUCUCUGGGCGAUCAGCCCAAACGGUCGACACAUGGCGCAACGAUACAAGGACGGAGCCCUGCGGAAAUGGACUCUCCCGAUAGCGACGAGGAAGAGGAAGAAGAAGUACGCAGUGCUACGCGUCCAGAUGAUCCUGCCGAUGCAGCAGCUUGGGAUGCCAUCGGCUUCGUCCAUGUGGAAAACAACAGUCCGCCAACGAUCAAGCGGGCUGUGAAGAACUUUGGCGACUUCAUCAAAGGCAUCUACGAUGGCAUCAAAGAGACGAAGGAGAAGCUCAAGAAGGCCGAAGAGGGCAGUUCCAAGGAAGCUGCCGAUACGUUCAAGAAGACGCUCGCUUCCAAACAAGAGCUGCUACUCCGUGCGGUGGAUGCUGCCGACGAAAAGGGACACGAACAGGUGUUGGAAAAUCUAGGCGGCAACGGCCCUUUGGUGGCCAACCUCGUGUCCGCCCUCAGAGAUUGCGUCAAUGCGUCUGAUUUCGUCGGCAAGCUUCCCAAGACGUUGCUUCGUUUCAUGUCGCAAUUCACCACAGUGACAGACGAAAUGCUCAACCAAAAGCUCAAGUUCGACAAGAUCCAGAAGCGGUUCAUGACCAAGGGCGACGAUGAAGUCAAGGAACUGGUGGGGGAGAUUAUCUCGAAAACCGUGCAUCGCAAAUCAGAGCGACCUUCGGGGCCGGUGGUAGCCUCCGCAUCGGCUUCUACCCUGGGCUCGCGGCCGGCCAGCCGAGUCCCGUCAGAUCCCCUGUCGGCUAAGAGACCUCGGGAAGAGGACAGCGACUCUCGCUCGACGAAAAAGGUGGCCACCAGCUCAGGAACCCCACAACUUGUCGGCAGACCUGCACUGGCAAAAACAACAACUCCCGCCUCUGGUGCUUUUCCGACAGCGCUGUCAGUAUCGAAACCAUGGGCUGGCACUGCUCUGCUGCCGGGGAAGUCGAGGCCUAACCUCAAGCCUUCAGUCCCCAAGGCCGAUUCUAAGGGGGACCCUUCGCAUCUGGCAUCGUCGGUCAAGACAGAAACGAGCAAGGAGUCAGGCAGAGUAGUUGGCACAAGCGGGUCCGGCUUGGGAUCUGUCAGGCGUGACCCCCCGGAAGCAGCGAAGCCGAGCGACCAGUACAAGAUCAAGAAGCUGUCCGCACCCAAAGCAGAAUCGUCGUCUUCGGCCGCUAGCCAGUCGAAGUUGGGCGCAUUGCUGGACGAAAUUUCCAUGGCGAAGAGCGCGGCACCGACAGCACCGACAUCCGAAUCGUCGGGCGAGAGCUCGGCACCGACAGAGUCGGCCGAGGAGAAGGCCAAGCGUCUCCGCAAGGGGAGCAGGAGGAAGCUGCGGGUUACGUGGAAGACUGGCGACGAGCUGACUGAAGUGCGCGUCUUCACCAAAGACAAGGACGAGGACGAGGGCAGAGCUAACUACCUGCUCCGUGACGCGGGUGACGACCGGUCGGAAGGUCUGGCGCUCAAGCGCAGCCUCAAGAAGGGCGUCAAGUUUGACGAGGAAGAGGAAGAGGACGGCAGCAGCAGCGCAAACGGCAACAACAGCAGCAGUGGUGACGAUGACGAUGAGCUGCCGUAUCGGCCGUGGUUUGAGCCCUCGACCGUCUCCUUUUCGGCGAUCCCGGCGGAGAAGAGGGAGAAGACGUUUAGCACGCGUGGAGGCAGCAUCCCGGUGCAGACGGACGAGCAGAAGAUCAUGGCCGAGCGGGAGAACACGGUUCUCAUGGCCGUGUAUACCGAUCCUGCCGACAUCCCACCGACGCCGAAAUCGCCAGGACCAGCGGGCGAGACAGCUACUGGAGGCCCAACAGGACUAACGCUUCCGACGAACGACGCCAAGAUCCAGGAGCUGCAGGUGCGCUGGAACGAGGAACGGACGAUCGGCUCGGAUUGGGCGGCCUGGAAUGCAAUCAGCCGAAUGGACAGCCGGCGGAAGCAACAGCCCGGAGCCAAGACAGCACGGACAGGACGGAGCAUUUCUGCAUUCAAUGGACCCAGAGCGGAAGAAACCGUGCGGCUGCUGGGCUCGAGCACGAUCAAAGGAUGGACAGGCUUUCCGGACCUCUCAAGAGUGUCGUCGCGUCGUCCCUGGCACGAGUACACGGAUGCAGCGAUGCAGAAGGCAGUGCGCGAAGUGGAGGAGGUGGUGCAGCAGCUCAAGUCGAAGCCGUUUCCGGCGAUCGAACCGCCCGAGUACAUUACCAAUCCAGAGCGGCAAAAGGAAUGGUGGACGGGAUACAACCGGGAUGCACAACGCGAGAAGGCCCGUGUGGCAGCAGCAACGGCAGCAGUGUCUCAACAAGUCCCAGCAGCACAAAACGGACAGCAACAGGAUGCAGCAGCUGCUUGGGCAGCAGUCUAUGCUCAGUUUGGCCAGCAGCAACAGCCACAGCAAGGCAGCGACCAGCAUAAUGCCUAUGCUCAAUACUGGAACACCAUGGUUCAACAGCAGCAGCAGCAGCAGCAAUCUCAGGCAGCCGUGCAGACGACAGCAACAGGCGACUCCAACGCCCAGCUCCAGGCGCUAUUGGCAACGCUUGGAGGAGCACCACAGGCGACCCCAGCCAUGGCGCAGAUGCUGCAGCCAGGCACAGUCGCAGGAACUGGAGAUGCCAAUCAGGCCUACAUGCUCUCACUGGCACAAUGGGCCGCGGCACAGCAGCAGCAGCAGGCCGAGCAGGCAGGGGGGUUCGGCGGUGCAACCGACAGUAAUGGGGCCGGCAAGCUUGCGAUCGGGGCUCACGGCCGCAAGCGGGAGCGCGAACGGGACUGGGAUAAGGACGAGGAUCCGUCGACUCCAAGCCAUCUGCGCGGUAUCAACAGGGCCCUCAUCGGCACCAAGGCAUGUGUUUUCUGGGCCAGCGGCAAGUGUGCUAAAGGCGACAAGUGCACGUUCCGGCAUGACUGA